AAUGACAUGUUGUAAUGGGCAUAAUGAUUGUCUUGAAGAGAUUGAAGUAAGUAGUUAGUUGGUUGUGCAACACAGAUGUCAGGUAUCUAAUAAUGUGCUCAGGUCGAACUGACGGAUUACAUAUUCUGUGGCUCCCGGUGUGUAGUCGCAAGUGAUCACUUGCAUGGGGAGGCAAGGAGAGGUGGCUGCUUCUCCUGGUCAAGGCUCUCUAUUAGUAUUGCCACAUGUAGUGCUUUUUGGCUCGUGCAGGAUAUAGAGCUCGCCUUGUCUUGUGACAAGACAUACUUGAUGUUCACCCGUGCAGGGUUGAGUGGUUGUGUAAGACGUAUUACCUGCCUCCCAAGAAGGCGUCUCGAGACAUCAGCUCCGUUGUGGUGUAGUUCCAAGAGGUCAGCAAACAAUGUGCUGGCGACGACUGUCGACCUUGAAGACAACCCCGAUGUCCAGUUGUAUAACUUGACUGGUGUGAAAACUGCAAAGUCGUAUAACCUCAAUGUUCUGGAGAACAAUCAACUUGUGCCUAUCGUAGGUGGGCUGCCUCACGAUGCUUCUAAAGUCACACGAACCGAUUUGGGAUUUGUGUUCGAAUUUGGAGCGUUUGUGUUGUGGAAUGCAUCCCUGGUCGACCAAGGAGACCUACGCGUUGCACUAAAACCAGCUGAAGAGUGUCCUAUACUAGAUGAAUCGCUGGUGAGACAAGAAGUAGAUGCCCUGCAGUGCUGUAUUCGUCCUGACAGCCACCGGCCCCAGUCUUCAGCUGGACAGCGCAAGUGGUGGAUUGAACGCGAAACCAUCAUGCUGAGCGACUCGUUAUCUGCUGAGGAUCUGCUCGAGUACCAGCUGGCUAUUUCGCAUGCGCUGGCACUAUCCGUUCAGCUAGGUAUUAUUGAGAAACGAGUAGAAGAAGCCAAGUCCAAGGUGCACAGCUUAGCAGAGCGAGGCGAAGUCACAAAGUGGAGGCGUUCCAAGCAACCGCAUCAGCUGGCGUUGAGAAUCUGCCAGCUGCGCUUUGACGCCAGUGAGCAGCCCGACUUGAACGAAGAAGGCUUCUACUGGAAUCGGCCACGCAUUGAGGAGUUGCAUCUAGAGGUACUCAAGAUUCAGGAUUACAACUCACGUGUGCGUGCUGUCAUCAAGAAACUGGAUUUCUGCUCUGAGCUAGUGACUAGGCUGGUGGAUGAACAGAGCACGCUGCACAAUUCACGACUUGAGCUCAUCAUCAUUUUCCUCAUUGCAUUCGAGUGCGUGCAGGAGCUUUACCGCAUCCAUGAAAGUCGACAGCGGGCUAGGAAUGGCCACUCCAUUAGCAAUUGAAGUACUAGUAGCUGUCACUGCUGAGCAUAGCUGAGCUGGUAGCUACUCACGUGCACCCAAACACGUCUAUGAAUGGCUAUGGUGGUGUUGAUGUUGCUCAUGCUGGAUAUUGCUAGAAAACUGAGCUGACCUUGCCUAUGCAUCGCCACAAUACAAAAUUGAGUCCAUCAUGAAAUCAAUCUCCCCGGCUAUCCCUGGUGGACUGCCCGCACAACAAACCUUCAUUUUAUUUAUAAUGGCUGUGAUUACAACCAACGAUGCGUGGUGCUCUGUGCCGUGUGUAAUGGCUGUGAUAUCGCAUUUGACAUUCCGGAUUUUUUCUUCCCAUGGAGCUAAUACUCUGUAUGGCUACAGUCAGACCUUGCAUAACCGCACACAUGCAUUUUCGACAAAAAUAUCCGAAUAGGCAAGAGAACCGGAUAAUUGAACACACAUACUGUAUGUAUGCAUAGCAUAUGCUGUAAAUCGGUAACCAGACAUUUUCUUCCGGAUGGCGAGGGAUCCGGAUAAAAGAGGACCGGAUAAGCGA